AAAUCAAGGAACCAAAAAGCCAAGCUCUGAUUUUUAUUACAGCACUAAUAAUAAACAGAAGCCGCCGGAACCCCCCGACGACGACCUCGCCGGCGAUGGCGACGCGGUACUGGAUUGCCUCCCUGCCCGUGCAGUCCGCCGGCGGCGGCGACUCGUCCGCCAAGUCCGCCCUCUGGGCCCGCCUCCAGGACUCCAUCUCCCGCCACUCCUUCGACACCCCGCUCUACCGCUUCAACGUCCCGGAUCUCCGCCCCGGCACGCUCGACUCCCUCCUCGCCCUCAGCGACGACCUCGUCAAGUCCAACAUCUUCAUCGAGGGGGUCUCGCACAAGAUCCGGAGGCAGGUGGAGGACCUGGAGCGCGCCGGAGGGGUCGAGGGCGGCGCCCUCACCGUCGACGGCGUCCCCGUCGACAGCUACCUCACCAGGUUUGUGUGGGACGAGGGAAAGUACCCUCCGCACGGGCCGCUCAAGGAGACCGUCGCCAGCAUCCAGUCGCAGGUCGCCAAGAUUGAGGAUGACAUGAAGGUUAGAGUAGCGGAAUACACUAAUGUUAAGAGCCAGCUUAGUGCCAUCAACAGAAAGCAAACUGGAAGCUUAGCAGUUCGUGAUCUUUCAAACCUGAUAAAACCAGAGGAUAUGGUCACUUCAGAACAUCUAGUAACACUUCUUGCUAUUGUUCCAAAAUAUUCCCAGAAAGACUGGUUGGCAAGCUAUGAGUCACUCGACACAUUUGUGGUUCCAAGAUCAUCAAAAAGGCUUUAUGAGGACAACGAGUAUGCUCUCUACACUGUAACAUUGUUUGCUAAGGUUGUUGACAACUUUAAGGUCCAUGCUCGCGAGAAAGGUUUCCAGAUCCGUGAUUUCGAGUAUAGUCCUGAAGCACAGGAAAGUCGGAAGCAAGAGCUGGAAAAACUGCUGCAAGACCAGGAACUUAUGAGGACCUCCCUUUUGCAAUGGUGUUACGCCAGCUAUAGUGAGGUAUUCAGUUCCUGGAUGCAUUUCUGUGCUGUGCGUGUCUUCGUAGAGAGUAUUCUGAGAUAUGGUCUACCUCCAAAUUUCCUGUCUGUUGUUCUAGCACCAUCAACAAAGAGCGAGAAGAAAGUAAGGAACAUUUUAGAAGGGCUAUGUGGCAGCUCCAAUAGCAACAACUACUGGAAACAAGACGACGACGUGGGCGUUGCUGGUCUGGGAGGCGACACCGAGUCCCACCCUUACGUCUCUUUCACCAUAAACUUUGUCUGAGCGCAGCGCAUCCUGUUCUGCUAUCUGUGGUCGGGCGAUGGCCUCGGCCCCGAAGCAAACUAUAUUACUUUUUGAGUAUAAAUCCUAUGAAACCAACUGCAUGGUUCAGUGUAUAUUAUCCGUGGCACGCCAAUUCUUUCGUGGUCUGUCGGUUUCUUAUACUGUUGUUUAGGUGACGAGCUGAUGAAUAAAAUGUAGAGAACCUGAAACACCUCCUUUUCCUGGCACAAGAUGGACCUCUUUUCUUUCUUUCCCUUCCAGUAUUGUAAACUCUUCUUUCGGUACAGUAUCGGGCAGCACGUGUGGAUACUAGUUCUAUUCUUGUACCCUUUUGAGCAACCAGGUUCGUAAUAAAAUCGUGUUGAAUAA